AUGGCGUCGAAGCGGAUCCUCAAGGAGCUCAAGGACCUGCAGAAGGAUCCGCCCACCUCAUGCAGCCCAGGAUCCUACAUCAGGGUCGAACAGGGCAGUUACAUCGUCCUGCCAGUUGCAUUCAAGACAAAGGUUUUCCAUCCGAAUAUCAACAGCAAUGGGAGCAUCUGUCUUGAUAUCUUGAAGGAACAAUGGAGCCCUGCUUUGACAGUUUCUAAGGUCCUCCUCUCAAUUUGUUCCCUUCUAACAGACCCAAACCCUGAUGAUCCAUUGGUCCCAGAGAUUGCUCACAUGUACAAGACUGACCAUGCGAAGUACGAAUCUACUGCUAGGAGUUGGACUCAGAAAUAUGCAAUGGGCUGA